CAAAAUAGAGAAAUCAGAAAAUUGAAAUCUUCGAAUCGAUCUUCUUCGCGUGAUCUCGCUCUCGUUCUGCGAUCUACAUCGAUCUGUCUUCGAAUAUUGGGGAAGAAAAAUCAUGAAUUGAGAUGAUAUGUUUGGUGGGUUUGUUGUUUUUGUAUCGUUUUGGUGUUGGUCGAUUGUGAUUGAAGAAAGUUAUUAGGGUUUUAUGCGCACAAAGUGCUCGAUGAAUUGUCCAAGUCAGUGGUGUUUAUCCAAAACAAAAAGCUCUCUGUGUCCUUGUCCUUCUUGUCCUAUACCUAUUUGGAACCUUCCCUCCUUUUCCUCUGAUUUGAGAUUCGUUAUUUGUGUGUCAAAGAGUCUCUUUUUGAGUUUCUUGAAAGCAGGGUCAUUGUCAUGUGGAGUAGAAUGGGACUCUUAUUAUGUUUGGGAGGUUAUAGUAUUGUGGUCCUUGAUCAGAUUUACUUACUGUUAAUUUUCUUUUCUUCUGUAGAGUACUUGAAAAGCAUGACAGAGCUCAAGAAAGCGAGGAUGGACCCGCAACAUACUGGUGAUUUGUUCAAGCAUCUGGAGAAGCAGAAUGAUUUACUCAAGGAAGCUCAUAAAACCAUGUCACAAGAACUCCAAAAACUCAUGGUGGAAGAACAGAUGAUGAUGCAUAAACUCUAUGAGAUAACGGUUACUCAUCGUAAAAAUGAUAAGGAAAUGAAGAAAAAUCUAAAUGUGUUGGAAGGAAAAGAAACAGUUGAAGAAGCUUCUUCUUUAGCAAUUGUUCCUACUGGUGAUGAAGAACAUUGAACAACUCACUUUCUAUAAACCAGGAUAGACCGGCCUGUUUGUGAUAGGUCUCUAAUUGUAUUAGUUUUGCAGAGAAACCGUGUCUUGUGACACUGAAUUUUGAUUCUUGAGCUCUCUCUUUUUACAGAGAAUCUGCUACCUAUGUAAAUGUAUAGUAUAUAUGCAGUCUCUGAUUCUAUACUGAAA